AUGACUGGUUUGGACUUGUCGGAAAACAAAUUAAGUGGCCCUAUUCCAAUAGAACUUGCCAUGUUGAAUCUCUCCAACAAUCUUCUAACAGGUCCAAUUACCAAAUCCUUUGGAGGAUUAUUGGGUCUCACAACAUUAGAUCUUUCUCACAAUGCACUCUCUGGUGAAAUCCCUCCUCAAUUAACGAGGCUUACCCAUUUGUCCUUGUUUUCUGUUGCCAAUAAUAAUCUCUUUGGAGAGAUACCAGACACAACCCAAUUCUGUACUUUCAAUGAGAGUUCUUUUAGUGGAAACCCAAGACUAAAUACACAAGGAAAGAGGUGUUCGACAACUCUGUCGCCAAAUGUACCAGGUGCAUCAAGCGAUAAUGAUGGAGAAGAUGAAGAUGAAGGAGAGGAAGGGUGGGUGGAAAUGACACCUGCAUUCUAUGCUUUCAUUGCCUUGGGUUAUGCCAUUGGCAUAUGGGGAGAGCACUGGCCUUUCUUUUUCUUGGCAAGAAGAGAGGACAUGCUUGCGUGA